CAAAGCGGUGAAUGCUUCAUACUUUUGUUCACAGUGAAAGAGCUCGCGAUAAUGUUGUCAAAAAAUGUUUGUUUUGUUUGGUGUUGUGCUGACUGCUGAGGUGUUGUGCUAGAUUUGUUUGGGAUUCAAUUUCUUCAAGUUUCUAGUAAAAGUGCAUAUUUCAUAGUUUACAAAAGGAAUAAUAAUCAAAGUGACGAUGCCUGGCGAUGAUUUACAUGAGCCGGAGACCCCGGCCACCCAGCGGCUAACUAAUGACGAUUUUCGGAAGCUGCUUAUGACUCCCCGCGCCCCGGGUGGGUCAGCUCAUGCCGUGGGGUCAGUUCGGGAUGCCAUGGCCAAAUCUUCCGCCGCGUCGGCCACAUCGGCGAUGAAACCGCCGUCCUCCGAGCGGCACGAAGCCCGUCGAAAGAAGAAAAACUUCUACGCCCAGCUAAAGAAGCAGGAGGACAACAAGCUUGCUGAGCUGGCGGAGAAGUACCGUGACCGAGCUCGGGAGCGGCGCGAUGGUGCCAAUCCGGAUUAUCAAAACUUGGAUCCCACCAGUUCUACCAGUGGCUACCGAGCGGUGGCUCCGGACAUUAAAUCCGGCCUGGAUGCCGCCGAACGGCGUCGGCAGCAGAUUCAGGAAUCCAAAUUCUUGGGCGGUGACAUGGAGCACACUCACUUGGUCAAGGGUCUCGAUUAUGCACUGUUGCAGAAAGUGCGGAGUGAAAUUGUAGCCAAGGAACAGGACCAGGAAGAGGAAAUGGAAAAGCUGGCGGAAAUACCGCCUGCUGAGCCGGCUCAGGUGAAGCAACCUGUGCAGGAAAAGGAACAGCCGAAGGGAGACGAGAUAGAGUUUCGCACCGCGAUGGGGAAAAAUAUUCACCGGAUUCUGGAAAUUCAAAGAUCCCGACACGUGGAGCGCAAUGAAAUGUUUGCGCCUGGAAGAAUGGCUUAUCACAUUGAACUAGAGGAUGAAAAUGUGGAAACGGAUAUACCGACAACGGUUAUUCGUUCGAAAGCCGAAGUGCCCAUGGUGGCAGGUGACACUCAGACUCUUACUACUAACGACAUCGUCAUCAAUAAGUUAGCUCAGAUUUUGUCCUACCUUCGACAGGGUGGUAGAGGCAAGAAGAACAAACGAAGGGACAAAGAUAAGCCAUUGUUCAAACUCCCGGAGGACAAACAUAUGGAUGAUUCUAUUUAUGGAGAUAUUGGCGAAUACAAGCCAUCCCGCCGUUUCGACCAAGGGGCUUCAUCAUCCAAGGCGGACGACAACCAAGGGAAGCACAGAUAUUUCGACAAAUCCAACGAAGAAGAAGAGCGGGAAACAGGGACAAUACAAAUCCCAGCACCACCAAAACUAUCUGCCCAGCUUAUCACCAAACUAACUGCUGAACCGGAGGGCUACGCCGAAUGUUACCCUGGGCUGCAGGAAAUGAAUGAUGCAAUCGAUGACUCCGACGACGAAGUAGAUUACACGAAAAUGGACCUUGGCAACAAGAAGGGUCCUAUUGGACGCUGGGAUUUCGAUACACAGGAAGAAUACUCUGACUAUAUGAGCAGUAAGGAAGCUCUUCCGAAGGCUGCCUUCCAGUAUGGCGUAAAAAUGCAGGAUGGUCGGAAAACUCGCAAACACAAGACCGAAAAGAACGAGAAAGCUGAACUGGAUAGAGAGUGGCAACAGAUACAGAAUAUUAUUCAUAAACGUAAAGCCAAAGAAGGUGGAGGCAAUGAAGUUGAAUACAAAAAAGCUAAACAAUAGGUUUUUCUUCUACUCUUAAAUAAUAUGGUGUUGCAUUGUUAAAAAAUGUAUUACGAAAUAUUGAACUACCCCGGUGUCGCACAUUACUACGUAUCUAGUUCUGGAUAUAAAGUACACAAUAAAUUGCAUGAAAUCGUAUAUUCUCAUA